AUGAGGGCAAUAGGAAUAGUGGAGCAACAAGAUGGACGUGAUGGACUCCCUGUGCCUGUCCUCGACUGAUUAUGCUCUGUUAAUGAGAGAAAGCUGCCCAAGAGGUCAAGAUCACAAGCAUGGAUUAUAAAAGUCAACUCAAAAGACUCAAAAUCAACUCAGAAGAAUGAGUGGCGAGCCACUGGAACUCAAAGAUCAUUUUGAUGACACAGGAAGUGCUAUCUCCAAUUACAAAGAUUACCACUUUGAAUACACAGAAUGCGACAGCAGUGGCUCCAGGUGGAGAGUUGCCAUUCCGAAUUCUGCCGUGGACUGCUCUGGCCUGCCUGACCCAGUGAGAGGCAAAGAAUGCACCUUCUCCUGUGCUUCUGGGGAGUAUCUCGAAAUGAAGAACCAGGUGUGCAGUAAGUGUGGUGAAGGCACCUACUCCUUGGGCAGUGGCAUUAAAUUUGAUGAGUGGGAUGAACUGCCAGCUGGAUUUUCCAACAUUGCGACAUUCAUGGACACUGUGGUUGGCCCUUCUGACAGCAGGCCAGAUGGCUGUAACAACUCUUCUUGGAUUCCCCGUGGAAAUUACAUAGAGUCAAAUCGUGAUGACUGCACGGUAUCCUUGAUCUAUGCUGUGCACCUUAAGAAGUCGGGUUAUGUCUUCUUUGAGUACCAGUAUGUCGACAACAACAUCUUCUUUGAGUUCUUUAUUCAGAAUGAUCAGUGCCAGGAGAUGGACACCACCGCUGACAAGUGGGUAAAACUCACAGACAAUGGAGAAUGGGGCUCUCAUUCUGUAAUGUUGAAAUCAGGCACAAACAUCCUGUACUGGAGAACUACGGGCAUCCUUAUGGGUUCUAAGGCAGUCAAGCCAGUGUUGGUAAAAAAUAUCACAAUUGAAGGGGUGGCAUACACGUCAGAAUGCUUUCCAUGCAAGCCAGGUACCUUCAGCGACAAACCGGGGUCGUUCGUCUGCCAAGUUUGUCCCAGAAACACCUAUUCUGAGAAAGGAGCCAAAGAAUGCAUCAAGUGUGACGAGGACUCUCAGUUUUCAGAAGAAGGAUCCAGUGAGUGCACGGAGCGCCCUCCCUGUACCACUAAAGACUAUUUCCAGAUCCACACUCCAUGUGAUGAGGAAGGAAAGACGCAGAUAAUGUACAAGUGGAUAGAGCCCAAAAUCUGCCGGGAGGAUCUCACAGAUGCUAUUCGGUUGCCCCCUUCUGGAGAGAAGAAGGAUUGUCCACCUUGCAAUCCAGGAUUUUAUAACAAUGGAUCAUCUUCCUGCCAUCCGUGUCCUCCUGGAACGUUUUCAGAUGGAACAAAGGAAUGUAGACCGUGCCCAGCAGGGACAGAGCCUGCACUGGGGUUUGAAUAUAAGUGGUGGAAUGUCCUUCCUGGCAAUAUGAAAACCUCCUGCUUCAAUGUUGGGAAUUCCAAGUGUGACGGAAUGAAUGGUUGGGAGGUGGCUGGAGAUCAUAUCCAGAGUGGGGCUGGAGGUUCUGAUAAUGAUUACCUGAUCUUAAACUUGCAUAUCCCAGGAUUUAAGCCGCCGACAUCUGUGACUGGAGCUAUGGGUACUGAACUGGGCAGGAUAACAUUUGUGUUUGAGACCCUCUGUUCGGCCGACUGUGUUCUGUACUUCAUGGUGGAUAUUAAUAGAAAAAGUACCAAUGUGGUGGAAUCAUGGGGUGGAACGAAAGAAAAGCAAGCUUAUACCCACAUCAUCUUCAAGAAUGCCACCUUUACAUUUACGUGGGCAUUCCAGAGAACUAAUCAGGGUCAAGAUAACAGACGGUUCGUCAAUGACUUGGUGAAGAUUUAUUCUGUCACUGCCACUAAUGCAGUUGAUGGGGUGGCGUCCUCAUGCCGUGCCUGUGCCCUCGGUUCUGAACAGUCGGGCUCAUCGUGUGUCCCCUGCCCCCCAGGCCACUACAUUGAGAAAGAAACCAACCAGUGCAAGGAGUGUCCCCCUGACACCUACCUGUCCAUUCAUCAGGUCUAUGGCAAGGAGGCUUGUGUUCCAUGUGGGCCUGGGAGUAGAAGCACUCAGGACCACUCAGUUUGCUAUAGUGACUGCUUUUUCUACCAUGAGAAAGAAAAUCAGAGUUUGCGCUAUGACUUCAGCACCCUCAGCAGUGUGGGCUCAUUAAUGAAUGGUCCCAGCUUUACCUCCAAAGGAACAAAAUACUUCCACUUCUUCAAUAUCAGUCUGUGUGGGCAUGAGGGGAAGAAGAUGGCUCUCUGUACCAACAAUAUUACAGACUUUACAGUAAAGGAAAUGGUGGCAGGGUCAGAUGAUUACACGAAUUUGGUAGGAGCAUUUGUAUGCCAGUCAACUAUUAUUCCUUCUGAAAGUAAGGGUUUCCGAGCAGCCUUAUCAUCACAAUCCAUCAUUCUUGCAGAUACAUUUUUAGGAGUGACAGUUGAAACCACAUUGCAAAAUAUUAAUAUAAAAGAAGAUAUGUUCCCAGUUUCACCGAGCCAAAUACCAGAUGUGCAUUUCUUUUAUAAGUCCUCUACAACUACAACCUCUUGCGUUAAUGGCCGAUCAACUGCUGUGAAAAUGAGGUGUAAUCCUACUAAACCGGGAGCAGGAGUGAUUUCCGUCCCUAGCAAGUGUCCAGCAGGCACCUGUGAUGGAUGUACGUUCUAUUUCCUCUGGGAGAGUGCUGAAGCUUGCCCUCUGUGCACAGAACAUGACUUUCAUGAGAUUGAGGGAGCCUGUAAGAGAGGAUUUCAGGAAACCUUAUAUGUAUGGAAUGAACCUAAAUGGUGCAUUAAAGGAAUUUCUCUGCCUGAGAAAAAGUUAUCAACCUGUGAAACAGUUGACUUUUGGCUAAAAGUGGGAGCAGGUGUGGGCGCUUUUACAGCCGUUUUGCUGGUGGCCCUCACUUGCUACUUCUGGAAAAAGAAUCAGAAACUGGAGUACAAAUAUUCCAAAUUAGUAAUGACAACUAACUCAAAAGAGUGUGAACUCCCAGCUGCAGACAGUUGUGCUAUCAUGGAAGGAGAAGAUAAUGAAGAGGAAGUUGUAUAUUCCAAUAAACAGUCGCUACUGCGAAAACUCAAAUCCUUGGCAACAAAGGAAAAAGAAGACCAUUUUGAAUCUGUUCAACUGAAAUCCUCAAGAUCUCCAAAUAUAUGAAAAGACAGUGCUAUAGCCUUCAGACUACUGAACAAAGAAACUUGCUCUCUAGUUUUUACAGGACUGUAGUUUAGAGCCUGUCCUCAUAUCUGGCACAUUGGUGAUGUCACAGAGGAGGGCCGUGCCGCUGAAAAGGGAAGGAGGUUGAAGUGUUUGAUUGCCUUAUCACGUGGUCAAGUAUCUUGCCAAAAAUAGGAAAGCAGAUGGUUUGGGUCUCAACUGAAGACGAAGCUCAACUCAGGAAGAGAUUUAUCUGUAUAUACACAUAACUCAAAACCAAGUUUAAGCCCACCAGUGCACUGCUGAUGCAUGCCAUAUAUUAAUGGGUAACUUUUCUUCUUUAUAACUUCUCCAUAAAAAGUGUGUUUGGAGGGCAGAUGUGAGCAUAUGCAUUGUAAUCCCGUUUAUGUCUUUGUUCUGUUUAUAUUUUGGGGAAGAUUUGAAAAAAAAUUUUUAAGGUACAGUUAUUUUUCCCAUUAUUUAUUUUCCUGACAGACCUUAAAACAUCUUUUCUAUUAAAAAUGGUGAACAAAGAAAGACAAUAGAUUUUUCAUUUUUCCAUAGGGUAUCCUUCUUGAUUUCAGAAGCCUAAGUAAGCAGUGAUUUUUUAUGAAGAGACAGCAUGUGCUUGGUUAUCUAAAUUUGUAAUCGCCUUUGAAAUUCCAUCCUUGUUGGAUCUGGUAAGAAGGGCUUGACUGAAAGUGGGAUUCUUGAAAAAAAAAUAAAAAGGAGGGGGAAAGGAGAAGCCUACACUACGCUUUACAUUAAUUCAAAUAAGUUAACAGUAUCACAGAAGUCAAAUGGCUUGAAACCAUUUAUGCAAUACUUGAAGUAUAAUAUAGAAUGAUUGGGAAAGCUUGUUUAUCAAAUCACUUGCAAAAUCAUGAGAUGAAAGUGGGAUGGCUUGUGUAUAAGUACAGAUGACCAUAUAAAAGUAUUGGGAUAAUUUCAUGGUCUUCAGAAAAAAGCAGUGGGACAUUUGCCCUUUGUAAAGCAUCAGAGUUUGUAUGGUUAUUUUUCUGCUAAAGACUUUAAGGAUUAUGGCUUCCAUGGAAGUUUUCUUUUUAUAUUAGUAAGGCAGGAACUUAACUUUAGAAAAUUGCGUUUAAUUGUGUUCAUACUAAGAAUGUGGUUGUACCGUAAGUAGUUAUGAAAUAAGUGUUCUUACUCAAAAGUGUUCCAGAUAAUUGUGAUAUUUCCUGUGACAGACAGGUUAUACUAGUAUUUGCACAAUUUGAAUAUUAUUUAUUGAAAGAAGUUUGAAUGAAGCUGGGUUUGACCAAUUUUGUGUAAAGCUUAAUUGUUUUAGAACUGGGAAAGAGGGGAGUUUCCUGGCCUUUGGUAAUUGAAGGUGCUCUGGUUUGUUUCCAAUAAACAGUGAUCUUUGUGGAUCUUAAUCCAUAUUUUUUAAAUGACUGGUGAUUGGCUGAGACAGGCAGGGCAUAUGGGCAGGGUUUGUUGAAUGUUUUGCCCCAAGAGUUUCAAUGAGAUAUGACUUCUAACUUUUGAUUCAGCAGGUGAUGUCUUUAGUUUUGUGGAAAAUGGGAGAAAAAUAAAUAAUUGAGUUCAUUUGGCUGGUGAGUGAAACACUGGACCAUUCUGUUACUGCUGAAUUUUUGUUUUGUGUACAAUCACUACUGUGGGAUUCAUGAGUAUAGGUGAGGUUGCCCUUAUUUUAUUGUUUGUUGUGAAAUUGAGGGAGGGCAUUGCAUAACGUAGACCUCUUCCAUGUUUAAUUUCUUGAAUUUUAUCUUAACGAAGAAAUUAUUUUGGCAUUGCUCACUUUUAUCCUGCCAGCAGUGCUGAUGAGCCUUUCCCUAUCUUGAUCAAAAUUUAAGCAGAAGAAUGAAAAUACAUUUGAAAUGCACCCUUUCGCACACUUUCAGAGGAACCCUGGCAGAGUUGUACAGACUGGACGGAGUUGGGAUAUUUCCACAUGUCACCUGUCACCUCUCUCUCCAUCUUUGCUGUGCUCAACAUGUAUGUUUCAAACUAUAGAGAUAAUUGGGAUUUGCUCCCAGGUAGCUUCUUUCUUCUCUUGUCACUGGACUAAAAUCUCUGACAUGUCAAAAAUUCCUUAAAUUUUAAUGAACUCUCUGAAAAUGUAGUUGGUAUUGAAGGAUUUAUUUAUUUUAUUUCUAACUUUAGAUAUUAAGUAGAUUUUGUUAGCUUAGUCCCAUUUUUGGAAAAAGCUGACUUUUUCCUUUGGAUCCCAGUGGUUUGUCAUUUUAUUCCAAGCACUGAAGAAGUAUGACAGAAAGAAUAGUGUGAGGAAAAUAUUCAGACCAAUCCUGGCUAUAAAACUCUAAUUUUAUGUCUUGCCUUUGCAUAGCUCAGUGGAAUGUUGAACGGCUUAAACAGAUGAAUCAUAUUUCUAAUGACUUUUAAUUGACAUUUGACAAGUGGUAGAAGAAGUUGUUUGUUAUUUUUCUAAAAGUAGUUUGGAAGCCUUAAAUACUCCAUUAAGUCAACUGUCACCUGUAGUAUCUCUUAGCACUCUGUCGAAACAUACUUAAAUCAGUUUUCCACUGAGUGAGAUGGUGUCUUCUAUGGAUAAAUUAUAUCAUGCUAUUUAACAAUGUUGAGCAAUUGGAUAUGUGUUCACUUGAUUUAGAAGAUUGAAUUUUACUCUUGUUGACUUUUCCCCUCUUUGAUUACUAGUAAUCAAGUCCUUUCCAGGAUUAAAAAUGUUCCAUAGUAUUUUGGUGUAGAUUUUUGUCAUUAUACUCUUCCCGAGGAGAACAGGUGGUUUAAAUGGUUGUAUGGAACAAUUGCUUGGGUCUCGUCAUUUACAUUUACCAUCUGGGGUCUCUAGGUUCCCAGGUGGUUGGUCAUUGAUGGACUCUAGUUCUUGAAGACAAAUCUGGUGAACUGUCAUCUGAUGUCUAUCAGUAGAACUACUUCCUGUAGUUCAUGGGCAUUCCUAAUGGAAGGCUAAUAUGCAGAUCAUUUAUCUCUUCCUCAUGAAAAUCAAUUUCCUGGGAAUUGGGGUAGGAAGAUGAUUUUAUUGGCAAGUUUAAAGUCAUAUCUACCUUUUUACACAAAAGAUAUGUAGAGUAGAACUUCUUCUCUAUGUAAGAGGACUUACAUAGCCUCACAUCUAUUUUAUGGUAACCAAUAACAUUAUCUCAGGUUUAUAUACCCAGGUCCUAAAUGAAGGUUGCUCUAAAGAAAAGGUCUCAAGGGGAGUAAACUUAAAAAACAUCCCAACAUCUGACUUAUUCCUUGGACACUAAAAUGGAGUUCACUUUCACAAUAACCAGCCAGAGAUUACACUCUUGCUGGAUUUUUUUUUUAAUAUUUUCAGCUGAGUUCAUUUUAGGAUCAUAAUAAAAUAAGUAAAAGAUGGGGACAAAUAAUUGAAAAUUAAUUGAUACUACUAUUGCAAUUGUCUAUCAGAGGCCAGCAAAUUUUUCUGUAAUGUGUCAGAUAGUAAAUAUUUUCAGCUUUAUAGGACGUGUGAUCUCUGUUGCAGCUCCUUAACUCUGCCAUUGUAGCAGGAAAGCAGCCACAGGCAAUAUAUGAACGAAUGAGUAUGGCUGCAUUGUAAUAAAACUUCAUGUACAUGGAAAUGUGAGCUUCGUGUAAAUUUCACUUGUCAUGAAAUGUUACUCUUUUUUUUUUAUUUCCACCCCCCUCCAACUAUUUAAAAAUGUAGAAGCAUUCUUAGCUCACAGGCUUUAUGAAAACAGAUGCUGGGCUAGGAUUUGAUCUGUGAGCCUUGCUUUGCUGACCACUGGUUUUAGUCCCUGAAACCCACAAGCGGAACUAUUUGGAAGAAUCUCUUUACCGUUUGAAAGCUCAAACCUUCAAAGUUUCUCAGGUCACUAGAGAUGAUCAAGAAGAGAAUAAUCCAUCACCCUCCCUGGAGGAUUUAAUCACCAACCAAAGACAAAGCCAGAUACUUCAGAGUUCCUCUUCUAGUUCUGGGGCUUGAUUAUGGAUACUGAAGAGGAAAUGAUAAAACUAAAACAAGUGAAUUGGUUCAAAAUAAACCAGCAUGGUUGACUGAAAAGCCUUUUUACCUUGCCAUUUCUAUAACUUUUAUUGCUAAGGUAACUGGAUAUAAUAGUCAAUCUUACCUUUUAUUUCAAGUAACUGUGUGGGAGUAGGGUAUAUUGAUGCAUAAAAGUAGUGUCAGCAUAUAUAUUCUUGAGCCCCAGGCCUGGAGGGGGUCCCCUGGCUGCACUGGAGGGUCCAUUGCAUGUGCUCAGGCAGUGCACAACCUCAGUUCAUACUCUUUUACCAAAUCCUAUUUUAAGACUUACUGAGCUGCAAAAGACAUUAAGGAUUCCUUUAAUGAUUAGUGGUUCUAGAAACAGAUCUCCAUUUUCCUUGAACAGAAUGUCCCAGUUAGGCUUUUAAUUUGCUGGAAUUUUCCUCAUCUUAUUAAUGGCUCUUGAAUGAAGAGCCCUGUCUAAAAUAGCUUGUGGAUAUUGGUAAAUUUAGUUUGGAAGAGACUAAGAUUUCCUUUAUCUCAGAGGGCUGAUUUCAGACGGCCAUUGGUUGGGUUAAUUAAAAUGAGUCCAACCAGUGGGACUUACGCAGAGCUUUCUGUCACAGAAUGGGAAUAAUAACUUCCUUCUUCUUCAGGGGUUUGGGCCUUGGUUAUUAGGGCUGUGAAGGUGAUAAUCCAUACUGGUGUUCCAUCUUCCUGGCCCCCUCGCUUUUCUUGGCUUCUCCAUGUUUAUAGCCCUUUGCUAAAGAGCUCUGAGGCCCAAAACUGUCAUGGUGGAUACAUGAGUAAAGCUGAGAGGAGGUGUGGAGGUGAAGGCUGUGAAGGUACAUGGGCUGAAUUACCUCCUUUUUCAGACACUCUCUCCAUCUGUCCUCUCUGCGUUCUGCAAACCAGCUUGCCUUGCAGCUUAAAAAUGGGGCCGUUUUACUUUACCCGGAGAAACCUGAGUGAGCAAGAGAAUCUGUUCAUAUUUAAACUAGAGAGGACACCCAGAGUGUUUCAGAAACUGUAAAUACUCGAGAAUCCAACAGUGAUCAGCCUUAUCAUUAGGUUCUGAUUUUUUUUUUAUGAGUAAGAUAGAUGAUUCUACUUGAGUUCCUUAAAUUCGGGACAGUUUUGCAAAGAUUGAUCAGCUCAACAAGUUUUAUAUUUUGAAAGAAUGAAAGGCUGUUACUGGAGUAAAAGAAGAAAAGAAAAGAAAAGAAAUCCAAAACCGAUUUGGUCAAAUGGCUUAUGUAAAAAGAGAUUGUAUAGCUGCUGUCUUCCAUACAAGUGCUGCAAAUUAUAUUCUUUAAAAAAAUGAUUUCUGGGGAUCACAUGUUAGGGGAUGUGCUUUUGAAUAGGAAACAAGGUUUGUAGUAGGGAAGAUGAAGGAAGCUGUCAGUCAUUGCACCUUCAGUGUAAAGGCGGGCAGUGAAAUAUCGUGGCCAUAGAUCAAAUUCUGGCUCUCAAAAACAGUUUUCUCAAGGUUCACCCACAGCCUAAUUGUCUUGUUAAAAAGAUCCACGAUCAGUUUGAUUGUUUUAGGCAUCAGCUGCGUCUCUAAACAGUCCAACUGAUAGUGCCUUCCUCAGACUGUCACGUUCCAUCAGGGAACUGAGUUUAUUUUCUCUCCCAUCAGUCUUGCCUCAGCCUUUAUCUUCAGCACUUGCUCAUUCUGAGCACACUUAUCUGGCACUCCUGCCAGCUUUGUACAUUGGAAUUCUUUGCCAUCUAGUGCUGUUGAAUCUGUUACCCAAUCUGCCCCAUCCACUCCCCAAAUCCAGGUUUUUCUUUGAAUAUGAGAGUUUAGAGACUGCACUGUGGUCUUUGGGCAUCUGGUGAGUUUUGGAUAGAUGGAUUAGGGUGCCAAUUCAAGUGCAUCUGCAAGAAAGAAGAGACUCCCUAAUGUAGGAUUCCUUGCCUUACUUCGCUCAAGGCCAGUCCUGUUGGCUUUUGUGUACCUGCUCAUUAUUUCUGGAUGCUUUAAAAAUAGUACUUGUAUGUUUUGAUUAAGCAGGCCCUGGUUGUAUUUAGCCUGUGGGCCCCUCAAAUCCUCUUCUUCUUUCCUCUCACUGUGUUCCUCAGUCACAGUUCCCUCAUUAAAAUAUUUUCCAGUCUUGAUGCUUCUUAAAGGAAGGAACUACAUCUCAGUCAUCUUUUCCUCCAUCAUGGGUUGAAGAGUGGUCCCCCACAAAGGAUAUGUACACAUCUAAUAUUACUUUAUUUUGAAAGAGGGCCUUUGCAGAUGUAAUUAAGGAUCUUGAGAUGAGAUUAUCCUGCAUUAUCCAGGUGGGCCCUACAUGCGAUGACAGAUGUCCUUGAAAGAGACACGCAGAGGAGAAAGUGAUGUGAAGAUGGAGGCAGAGAUUGGAAUGAUGUGAUGUCAGAAAGUUGACAACCACUGGAAACUAGAAGAGGAAUGGGACGGAUUCUCCCCUAGAGCUAAGAGGGUGCAGCCCUGCCAACACUGAGAAUACAUUUUUGUUGUGUGAAGCCACCCAGUUCGUGUUCAGUUGUUCCAUCAGUUACAGGAAACCAGUACAGUCUCUGUCCGUGGUACCUGGUGUGGGACCUGGUAAAUUUUUCUACAUUAAUAAAUGAUCUGUGACUCAGGGUUUACCAGGAGAAGUAGGACAGUGUUGAUAAGAAUGAGUCAGUUUUAGCUUAUCCAUGCUUUCCCUGUUUGCUCCUUUGUUUAGGUUAGUGAAAUAUUCAGGUUUAGUGACAAGUCUCUGUGCCUAAGCAUUGUUCUUGGGACUUUGGAAAAGCACUGGAAAAGAAGGUAACCUACAAUUUUAUUGCCUCAUUCAGCUAUGAGCAGUGAAUGUGAUUUUCCAAUGGAAUAACAAGAUACUUUCCCAGUCUCCUUGCUAGUAAUGAAGGUCGUUUUGGGAAAUGAAGGCUGUCAAACUUCCCCUGGCAGGUCAGCCUCUGCAUUAAGAGGAAUGCAGGGAUGGAGAAACCCUCUCCUUCUUGCCACAGAGCACUACUGGGGUGAAUUCUAGGCUGCUGUACUGAUGUGGCUUAAAGAAACCAACAUGAGUAUUAUUAUCCGGCCACUGAAAGGGCCUGAUAGUUAUGCUGUCAUCAGUCGCAUUCUGAUCAUGUGAUUUGCGAAGAAGUCUAGCUCUGCUCACAACUCUCUCCCCAGGUAACAACUUGUGUUCAAUGCACCUAAAUGUAAAGAGAAGCACAGUUUAUAUUUUCCAACAUGAAAAGUAUAAAUGGUCUGAAAUCAAUAGAAUCAGAUUACCUGGCGUGAUUAAAAAAGAAUAAGCCAUUAUCCACCAUGCUGGAAAACCUUGAAGGUUUUAUUCUUAAUAUUGUUACAUUAAUCCAGAUGCUUUUUAUUUUGCGCUGAGAAAAACAAUCUGUUACACAUAAUGUAACUUUAAUAUACAACAUAGAAACUCAUCCUAAGUUAGUUACAACAAGGACCUACAAAAAACUUCAUAGGAAAAAAAGUUACCUAAUAUUGCCACCGUAUUUUCUAAUAGACUGACCCUGUCAGACCCUGUCACCAAUGCUCAACUCUGUAAACAACGGUUAUUUCCAUGUUCUGGGGAAUCGUUAAUAAUAGGGACACUAAAAUCAGUCUAAAAAGUUCUAGCACGUCACUAUAUACUGUACAGUCCUCAAAAAUAAUUUAUUGUACUGUUUCUAAAAAAAGGUACUAGGGGGUAUUCUUUUGCUCUGUUUCCACAUUCCGGAGCUGCACGUGAGUACUUUCAUCUAACCAUCUAAAAACACAAGAACUGAACUGCAUUCCACAAUCACAGAGAUGAGGUGGUGGAGUCGAGGACUUCCCGCCCGUUACACACCGUCGGGACAUAUGUGCUUGCAGAGGCUGGAAAACAAAGCAGGACAGAAAAUUCCACAUUAGUCAAAUGGGCCACAUAGGUACUGGCACGGGUAAUCCUGCACACUGAUUGAAAUUAAGUUAAACUCAUAUUAACGUGGAUUUGGAAAAUGCUAGGUUAUUUAAUGCUGUGGUAGGUCAACUUUCUAAAUAUGCUCUGCUCAAAAUUAUCCUGGAACAUACCUCCACUAAUGUCAUGCCUCUUGGUGAGGUUUGUUGGAAGAAGUCACUCGUGGGUUUAAAAUUAGCUUUGCAAAUCUGUAAACUGGUUAAAAUACAGUAUCCAAAAUUGAACACUCACUGCAAUUUUCUUAAAGAUUGUUCAAUUAAUUACUAUUUUCAAUAGCAUAAUCAAUUUUGUUCUCUCUGGGCGCCAAUGACUCUCUGUAGUCCCACGAGUCAUCUGUGAACUCUAUUGCCUUCUAGAGAAUGGUUUGAUGUAAUUUCUUUGUUCAAGUGGAUAACCUCAGUGAAAACUCUAGCGAGGCUGGGCUACUAAGAACUGCAGAGGGAUGAUGCUCUUGUUAAUGGCAAUAGUGAUGACAGUGUCAGGGUGUGAAUAUAACACGGGUAUGUAUGUUCAUUCUUUUUAUGGCUCUUUGUUUUCCUAGAUACAAUUCAUAGCUCUUAUUUGAACAAAAGUUUUGUUUUUAUGAGAAAUUUAAGGAUGAUUAAAAUAAAUCUAUUUCGCUCUUAAACCAUUUUCUUUUUACUGAGUGAGAACAAAAUCCAGGAGCCCUGUCCUUCACAGAAUGAAACUCCAUGGCCAAGACAAUAAAUUAGAGAUGGCCUCACAUUACCAUUUGGAGCUGCUGACCUCCCAUCCCUUGGCCGGUCCAUCUGGACCUACUGUGUCCAGGAGGGGCUAAUUCUCUUGGCUGCCUUGACCUCAGCCCUGAUCACCCUGAGCAGUCAGCUGUCCCAUUCUUUGAAGGCAUAGCUCUCAGUUAAUAAUCAGAUAACUAAUUUCAUGCUAAAGUGUUCAUGCCUGAUUGUGGAAAUUUUCUUGCCCCAUAAAAUUGCAUUUUUCAUAUGAAUUCCUUUAAACAUGAAGGAGAAACUGACUAUAAAAUUUGGUGCUCUGUGGUGUUCAGUGGGAAGCAUUCAUUGUAUCUGGGGCACUGAAGUCUUUUGGCGGACCCACCGCUGGGGAGAUGCCAACCUCUCAAUUUUGCACUGAUUACUUGUCUGUGUGUGUAAGAAAAUGAUAAAGUCAAGUCUGUGCAGCUGCCUAAGGUUACAGUGGAGUUGUGUGUCAUGUGACAUGCUAACUUUUGAAGACUUUGUCCUUUUAUCUUUUUUAGAAUGAGGCUCAAAUUUCUUUACGAUACAAGACUAUUAAAAGCUACAAAGGCUUGGGAGCAGGGGAAGCAGGAACAGCAUAAUCUGGGAUUCCUGAACCUUCUACUGUGAAGACCCAGUGUGCGCCGGGUAGAUACUCAGUGGAAGGUGAUAGUGAUAAUAAUUCCAAAUGUGAGAGCAUUGCUGUAUUCUUUGCAAAGCUUCUUCAUAUACUUAGUCUGAUUAUUGCUUCUUCACGGCUAGGAAAGGUAAGAGAAGGAACAGGGUGAAAUGAAGGAUAAACCACAGUUCACUGGAAACCUAGGAGAGGGAAGAGUGCCCCCAGACACUCAGUAUGUCCUUUCUCUGCAGCUGCCUUGUGUCCAGCUGUCUCCUGGCCGUCUCCGUGUGGCUCUUUAUAGACAUUUCAAAAUCAGGUGGCCAAAGCAUAUCCAAACCCAGUGCUGACGCUUCAUUCCUUUUUUGUCCCUCCUCCCAUAUUAAACCUGUCAUCAGGUCCAGUCAACUCUGUCUCCACCUCCGACCACUUCCAUCUCUUCAUCUCUCGCCCUGGGCCAGGCCACCAUCAUCUCUCUCUCGGCUACUGCAUUAGUUGUACCACCAGGGUAUCUGUGCCCACUCUUGCUUCCCUGUAGUACUUUCUCGACACAGCAGCCAGAGGUUUGUUUUUUGUUGUUCUUUGGGGGUGGGGGUGGGAGUGGUAGUUAGGUUUCUUUGAUUGUUUGUUUUAAUGGAGGUACUAGUGAUUGAACCCAGGACCUCGUGCAUACUAAGCACACAUGCUUAUACUGAGCUGUAGUUUUUAUCUAAUUGUAAGUCACCUACCUACACACCCCCUGUGGCUUCUCUUUGUACUCUCCUUACUCUGGUUUAUAAAUCCCAGCUUGAUACAGACCAUGCCUGUUCUUCUGCAUUCAACUAAUUCUAUGUCCCCCCACCAACCCCCCAUCUACCCCCCCCCUUUUUUUUUGCUUCGGUCCUCAAAAACAGUACAUCUGUUUCUCAACUUCAGGCCCUUUGCAGUAGCCGUUGUCUCUGCUGGGAAUGUUCUUCCCUCUCUGAGUCCCUCCUUGUCAUCCACAUCUGAAAUGUCACCCCCUGCAAAAGGCUGUUUGUCAUCAGGCCACCUCAACUAAAGCAACCAACAGUUACUCUCAAUCACAUUACUCAGUUGUAAAACUGAUUUUUUUCUUGCUCUUUUUUUUUUUUUUUUUGGUUAGCAUCUUAGGUCUUUACUCUUGACUAGAAACUAUGUGGGGGCCUGACUAGCCUUUUCGUUAUUCUAUCCCUAUCCCUAUGGCUGGUCAUAGAAUAGACACUGUGUGCAUAUUUUCUGAAGGAUUUUGUGAAUGGUUGCGUUUCCAAGAAUGAGGGAACCGAUGAAAGUUUCAAGAAGGAAAUAAUCUUUUAACGAGCAAAUGUGAGCAGCCUCGUUUUGAAACAGGUGGGCCUUUCUGCUUCUCGAGCCUCAUUGUAGUGUCAACCAUCAACCACCCCUGCAGAGCUGGCGGGGGCGGUAAGCAACCCAGGGCAGGCAUCCUGCUUUUGACAUUUUUACUAAGCUCUUCAUCUUUUCCAGGAUCAAACUUUAUUAUUUCUGUGCAGGUUUUUCAUUUUCAGAGAUUGAAGAGGAAUGAUGUGUCAUGGGGGUAAGUCGAGGAGACCCAGGGACUAGGGUGCCAGCACUCCUCUCUGUCCACCUUGAACUAGUCUAAUCCCUUCUUCACCUGCACUUUUAAAGAUGGCAUCAGAAACCUGCUCUGAUGUUCCCCAUGCAAUUGUGGAACUUGACGUAACGCUUUUCUUAAGUGUGUGCUUAUUAUCUGCUUUCUCACUGCAUUCUGAUUUCUUAAAAACUGGGUCUACUUUGACCAUGUAGCACGGGGACUGCAAAGGAAGCCACAAAGAACAUCCUCAAAUUACAGUGUCUGUAUGUCUGGUGGACAUCAUUAUAAACGUUUACAGAACAAUGUGGAAUCGCCUACCUGCUUCAAAGGGAUAUUAAAGGGAAAACCCUACAUUAGACCGUCUAAACUCUUUGAGAGGCAGAUAAUGCAAAUUCAAGUUCUUCUUACAGGAAAUAACAACAGCUAAACACCCCCCAGACUCUUUCUGCAGUUAUUUUUGCCCCAACCACUCUUUAGUGUAUUGAGGGGAACAGGGAACUUGUGUUUUUCUACUUCUUAUUACCUGUUUCAUCUGUAUCUUUCAUUUUAUUAUGUAAAAGAUAUUCUCGUUUUUGUUCAUGCUGCUGAAUAUAGUAGAGGAAAUUACUAUUUUAUGAGUUUACUGUCUCAAUUACUUUGCCUUUCAUAAAUAUUUCACAUAUGCCUCCUGUAUUAGCCCAUCUGUUAUUCCCCAAGGCAGUAAAAUAUGUGGAAGAGAGAAAUAAUGUCAUUUUUGCUUGUGUGUUUUUGAUGAGCUUUUGCUAUUAUUCUGUUGAAAUUCUUACGAGAUUUUUAAUGGCAUAAGUUUAGCCUAUUUUCUUAAGUGCGGUUAAGCAGAUUUCUAUAAUCACCCUUUCUGUCAGAAAUAAGAUACGUGCAGGCUUAUUUUUGGCUUUCCUGGGAGUGGGGGUGAGUAGCUGCUGUUAGUUACUCUGGGCUAAGGUGGUGCUUUUUGCUAUUUAUGGUAAAAACUGAAGAUAACUGAAAAAGACUUAAUAAGUUCCACCAUUGAUUACAGAAGGGCUGUUCACACCCAUGAAAAGGCAUGUUUUGCUCCACAAGCUUGGUGAAGCUCUAGAGAUCAACGUAGCUGAGUGACAGCUUUGUGUCGCACCGUGAAAUUCGUUUUUCUUGCACCAGUAAUGCACAGACUGGUCAGGCUUCGGAGAAAAUUACCCUAUUUUUUCAGGUAACUGGGUCCUCAGUCAAUGCUAAACAUAUUUAUUUAAGAGAUUCUCAUGGAUGCCAAGUCUCUUAGUCAAUUUAGUGGCUGAGCCUUGGUUCCUGAGAAUCAGUGUGUUACUAUAACUGUGUAAUAGAUCAGACUUGGAAAAAAAUAAAACAAACACUUAAACAGAACAGACAUUCCAUUCUGUUCCCAUCUGUUCCAUUUCCUUGUUUCUGAUGACCCCAAAUAAUGUUUCCCAGCAUGUCUGCUUGUUUAGAUAUUUUAAUGCGAUGAUCAUGGAAUACCAUGUUGCCUUGACCUCCUGCUUUGUCAUUGGACCUGUUUUUUUUUACUCAUCACCUCAAUUUACUUAUGCUAGGGUCCCUUGAUCCCAUCCCAGAAGUGCAUGUGUUGAUUAAUGUAUGUUGUCUGGGCAGAUAUGACACUCUUAGCCACUGGUUUGGUAGCCUUGCUAUGUCAGAGAUUUCUGAGUGGAAGACAGAGAACCCAUUAUUAAUUAACACAGGCUAAAUUCUCAGGUGGUGUUUCCCCUUUAUGACCAAAGUAAUGGUCUAAACUGUUACCAGGAGAUUUAAGAGGAAAUCUUACGUAUUAUGGUGUUGGAUAAAAAUCGACAAACCCAAGAUUUCAUUUCCAAAUGUGGAGUUAGAACUUAGGAAAGCAAAGACUUCUUCAUUCAGUGAUUCAUUUCUUGUGAGACAAGAUUCAAGGAAAGAGAAAAUAUGGCAGGUACCUUUCUGUCACCCACGAUACAACUUAAUUACCUUAAAAGAAAUUCCACUUGGUCUUUGACUUAAUACUGCAGUCCAUUGUUGCCACAUCAUGCUGUCCUGCUUUCUUUCCAGUCGUGUUCUUUUCUCCCCUCUCCCCUCCCUCAAGGAAUACCAAAGUUGGAGGCACGAUAACAAAUGUGUAAAUAAAAGGACUCAAGAAUUUUUUAUACUGUUCUACCGAUUUUUUAUUCUUCCUGCCUCCUCUCAGUUGCUGCACAUUUCCUGCUGCUUCUCUUUGCUAUCCAAAUGUGUUUUCAGGCAAGAAUCAGAAACUUGUUCACCCUGAGGCUCAAACAACUAACAUGAGCUGUAAGUGCUACAACAGCUAGGGAACCAAGUCAAACGACAAAAGGGCCAAACUCUCCUAAGAUAAUGUCAGGCAUUAGUUCUCCUUCCUAGUGGAGCUGGUCUUGUUAGCCUCACCUUCAAAUGAUACACAACAUCUGCACAAGUUUGUUAGCUUUCAUUGCUACCACCCGAUUUAAGCCACCAUCACCUGGGCUCUGCAGUAGCCUCCCAAAUGAUGGCUCUGCCUGCUCCCUGUCUUAUGUCUGCCCACACAGCCAAAACGAUGCUUUAAAAGUCAGGUACUGCCAUACCUCUGAUGAAGCCCUUCAAGUGUUUUCCCAGUUCUUGAAACAGAAAAGUAAAAGUCCUUCCUGUGACCUCCAAAGUCCGACAUGAUCUGCUCCAUCUUUGUCCUCAUCUCCUCUCACUUUGACCCCUAGUCAUUUCCCUCUGGCCUCACUUGGCCUCUCUGAUGUGCUUCCCACUUUGGACCUUUGCAUGUGCUGUUCCCUCUGCGUGGAAUGUCUUUCCCCCAGGUACUGGCAUGGCUCCCUUUUUUUCGUUUCUUCAGGUCUCUGCUCAGUGUCACCUUAUCACUUCCCUGGCCACUCUCU